AUGUCCUUCCACCCUACCACUGCAGUGAGUGCGUACAAGCCUGCUUAUGGUUCACCAGCCAUCAAGGAUUUGGAUUUCACUCGGCCCUUCUUGCUCAAACCAGGCCAUGCUGGCACUACCGUUAGGGACUUCGAGGAGAACACCUGGCCCGAGAUUGCGACUGCCAAGCUGCCUGAAUCCACCCUUGCGACCUCUUCUGUCGUUCUUCCCUGUGCAUUCAGCGGAGACAACGCCAUCCCGGACGAAAAAGGGUACAUCAAUCUCUCAUUGGCGCCGUCGGCCUGCUUCAAUCGCUACACUGACUUUGACGAGCUCGAUUGGUCAGACGUCUUUCACGUUCUCGGCACCAAGGACGACAAGGCAUUCUCCAUCCCCACACAGCUCGCAGUCCGUCACAAGGUAACGGUUGUCGAUCAGCAGCCCGGGAAGUCACGCAACGAGCUCUAUGUCAGCGAAGAUGAUCCGACCCCUAAGGUGGCCCCAGACCUUGUCAAAUGGCUGAUGGAGGCGGAGGAAGAUCUGUCGGUGACAUAUCAGGACUCGGUCGGUCAGUGGCUCUCGAAGUUGACUCCCGAGGAUUGGCGAGCACAUGAGCUGGAAUCCUCAAUGGACACUCUGGCUUUCAGUCAAGAGGUGAAGAGUGCGCUGUCCGCCACUCUGAUGGACGAUGGGCACGACGGUGUCGGUCUUCUGACCGAAGGGCCGAUGCGCCAGCGGAUGCGGGUGCCGGCGAGGCGUGGACUGCUGGUCCGAUUCGGACCAUCGGUGGCAAGUGAAAUUGGGACAUCUCCUCCCAUCUUCCGCCUUGUCUAA